AUGACCCCCAUAAAGUUUCACAUAAAAGUCAAAGUUUUGUAAACAUACACAAAAAGAAACUAAAAUGGUCGAAGAGCUUCCCGUAGGGUUUCGCUUCUAUCCGACGGAAGUAGAGCUGAUUUCAUUCUACUUAAGAAUCCAGCUUGGCGGAGGACAUGCUACCAUUUACAGCCUCAUACCCAUCAUCGAUGUGUUUAACGUUGAGCCUACUCAGCUUCCAAAUCUUGCGGGAGAAAGGUGUCGAGGAGACAAAGAACAAUGGCUUUUCUUCGUGCCAAGACAAGAGAGAGAAGCUAGAGGAGGAAGACCGAGCAGGACCACUAAUUCAGGAUACUGGAAAGCAACUGGUUCACCGGGGCCUGUGUUCUCGCCGGAUAAUCGAGUGAUCGGAGUUAAGAAGACGAUGGUUUUUUACAUCGGGAAAGCACCUAAGGGGAGAAAGACAAAGUGGAAGAUGAAUGAAUAUAAAGCAAUUGACGAAACAGCCAGCGUAUCUACCAUCCCUAAGGUACAUAACCACUUGUAAUAUGAACACUUUUAUCAGAUACGGGAUUCGAAAAUAUACAUAUAUAACUAUGUCUCACACCUUUAGGACAAACAUAUGAAGUCUAUAACUAACCGAAUAAGCUUUAAGAAAAUUAUUACAGCAGAAAAAUAUCAAUACAAACUACAAUUUGUUUCUUUCCUACCCAUUAUUAUAGAGGUUUUAAUAUGUUUUAUACAUAUAAUCCGGUUUUAACUUGUUAUAGUGUUUUCAGAAGUGACUCACAGAAAAAAUGUGCUGUUGAUUUUUUUAGAAAAAACAUACAUGUUUGUUGUAGUAUUUGACAUUAAUUAUAACAACUUAAAAGCGUAUACAUGAAAUGAAAAGAAAAAAAAUUCAUGCAUACAUUUGAUUUUGGGGUAAAAUGUUAAGAUCAUAUUUUCUUUUUCUAUAAAUUAUAAUAUUAUAUUCAUAUUACCCUAAGGUGAUCACCAGUAUCUAAAGUGCUGCACACUUCGAAACAGAAAAGUCGACUUUUUUCAAGAGAAAAGGUUUUACAUGAUUCUUUUUUUGUUUUUAUUCAAACUAGUUGAGGCACGAAUUCAGUGUCUGUCGAAUCUACAUAAAAUCUGGAAGCUCGAGAGCUUUUGAUAGACGUCCAACGGAAGGAUCUGGGACAGAGACAAGGCUUCUUAGCAAUGGAAUUGAGGAAUCAUCUCGCAACACAAGA